UCACAUACGAGUUUGGAACCAGAAUCGACUGCUCCAUCUACGGAUGCUUCUUAGCUUAUGCCCGCGCCUCCGCAACCGGAUUCUGAUUUUUACAACCAUCGGUGAGAUGAGAUCUGAUUUUGGGUGAAUUCAUAACGUGGUGAGGGUAAUCUAAAUCUAUUGCCAAGAUGGUGAUAGGCCGGGUUGGGUUUUCUGGCUCUCAGGGCUACCAGUCUUAGCACUGUUGUGCGGGCAAUGGCCGCCACGGUGACUCCCCACCGUAAGAGUUCUGCCACUCUGAGCCGGCUGGUCGACUGCGACACACGCUGGUCCCUUUCCAUCCAUACCGCUUGCCUCCCUCUCCCGCGCUUCCUCCUCCUCGUCCUCGAGUUCUCCGGCGACGGCCGCUUCUGGUUCCCCGCACUUGCCUCCCUCUGCCUGCACCCGUCUAUUUUCCGCGACCCCUUCCUCUCCUGGCUUCUCGUCCGCCUGUUCGCCGGAUGCGUACUCGACGUCGCCAUCGUCGGCCUCAUCAAGUUCUGUGUCCGCAGGCCUCGACCCGUCUACAACAAGGGCAUGUCUCUCGUCGUCUCCGUUGAUCACUGGUCCUUCCCUAGCGGUCAUUCCUCACGGGCAUGCUUUCUUGGGUCUUUUCUGUGGCUCUGUUCGGGCUUGACGGAGAAAUAUGUCGGUUUUUGGAGGACUGGCUUCGUGGGGAUCGUCGGAUUGUGGUCUGCAUCGACGUCCUUCUCUCGGAUUUUAUUGGGUAGGCAUUUUGUUUUCGAUGUAUUGGCGGGUAUGGUUUUAGGCGUGGUUGAAGCAUUUCUUGUUUUCCAUAUCGGUCGGCUCCUUGUGGGGACGGGGACUCUAUGAUUUCAUAUAAAUGGGGAGAAAGAAAAUGAAAAUGCUGAACACAAGAGAAAGGAAAAUUAGCAUUCGUCUAUAUCUGUGUAUCCCAAUUGAUCUACUUCUGUUUUGAUAUGCAGAUUUUGCGACUUCCAAAUUACCCAGUUUGGUUUAUUGAUUUAUUUGAUCGAUAAUUCUAGUUUUCACCU